AGUGCUGUGAAGGCAGGGAAAGGGGCAUUUGGGUGUUGGUAUUUUGCUACCUGUCAAGAUACGGAAUAGCAUUCCCAUACGUACAACUUGGAUUACUACUUGUUUUGUAUCAGACUGGUAAAGAUUAUCUUCCUGGUCUAGUCAUGGAUAUGAGUGGGCCUGCGUGGAGGAAAGAGGGGUAUUUAAAUCUCUCUUUUCGCCCCAACAGCUUCUUUUGAUUUAAACGGUGCACCAGAGCAGAACCGGGUUUCACAUGUCUUACUGUGAUUUUUAAGAAAGUGUAAUUCGUUUUUUUUUCUCUCUCUCUCUCUGAGCAGUAGGCAUCUUUAAAGGUGGGUUUGCUCAUUUUUAUUAAUAGGGUUUUGUUUUUGGAAGUUUUUGUUUCCCUUGAGAGCAGAGUUGGCGAACUGAAAACGACUCGCCGAGUCGGGACUGACCACUGGAGUUGGUCCUGAAAAUGGAGGCUGUUAUCGAGAAGGAAUGCAGCGCGCUUGGAGGGCUCUUCCAAACAGUUAUCGGAGACAUGAAAAGCAGCUACCCUAUCUGGGAGGACUUUAUCACCAAGGCAGGAAAACUGCAGUCUCAGCUCAGGGCAACAGUGGCUGCUGUGGCUGCCUUCCUAGAUGCUUUUCAGAAGGUAGCUGACUUGGCUACCAACUCAAGAGGUGGCACUCGAGACAUUGGAUCAGCACUGACCAGGAUGUGUUUGAGACAUCGCAGCAUUGAGGCUAAACUCAAACAGUUCUCCAUGUGCUUCCUAGAGGGUCUGAUCAACCCGCUACAGGAACAGAUGGAGGAGUGGAAAAGAGGUGUUAACAUUUUGGACAAGGACCAUGCAAAAGAGUACAAAAGAGCUCGACAGGAAAUUAAGAAGAAGUCAUCUGACACGCUGAAACUUCAGAAAAAGGCAAAGAAAGCUGAUAAUCUAGGCCGUGGUGAUUUCCAGCCCCAGUUGGACAGUGCAAUGCAGGAUGUCAGUGAUAAAUACAUUCUCCUGGAAGAGACGGAGAAACAGGCCUUGAGGAAGGCUUUGAUAGAGGAGAGACAGAGAUUUUGCUCUUUUGUAGCGAUGCUGCGGCCGGUUGUGGAUGAGGAGAUUUCUAUGUUGGGAGAGGUUACCCAUCUCCAGAACAUCUCUGAAGACCUCAAGGCAUUGACCUCUGAACCACACAAGCUUCCUCCUGCUAGUGAACAGGUGAUUUUGGACCUUAAGGGCUCAGACUAUGGUUGGUCAUAUCAAACGCCACCCUCAUCCCCGAGUACCACCAUGUCCAGGAAAUCUAGCAUGUGCAGUAGUCUGAACAGUGUUAACAGUAGUGAUUCCAGGGGAUCCAGUGGCUCUCACUCUCAUUCUCCUUCCUCCUCUUCUUCCUCCUCUUCCUCACACCACCUCUUCCACCACCACCACCCACGCCAUCAAUAUCGCAGCUCCACAUUACCCCAGCAGGCCCCAGCUCGGCUAUCCAGCAUCUCUUCCCAUGACUCGGGCUUCAUUUCUUCAUCACAAGACCAAAGCAUGUUGUCUAAAUCAUCCUCACCGAUGCCAGCUGAAACAAAGCUUUGUCCCAGUUCCAGUUCCUCUGAGAUGUCAGAGACUGGGCAGCUUCACAAUGACUGCAGCUCCCCCUCUUCUCUCGCUGAAGCUACUGCAUCUCAGCACGCUACUGACAAGCUGUCCAAUGGUUUCGACCAUUACAGCCCAGCCAGUUCCCCCUACCUGCACACCAGUGGGGGCAGUUUGGGCUCAAUGUCAGGCACUGCCUUUCCCUUCUUCCCUUUCUCAUCCUCCACCUCCUGCCCUACUCGUUCAUGGUCUCGUCCUGCCUCAGCCUUGCUGCCAGAUUACCCCCACUACUGCACAAUGGGGUCCCCCAUGGUGCCUUCAUCACGAGUUCCCAGUUGGAAGGACUGGGCAAAGCCAGGGCCUUAUGACCAGCCUAUGGUCAACACACUAAGGAAGAAGAAAGACAAGGACACUCCUACUGUGGUGGACAGUAAUGGGAGUGUGAACAGGGGUAACAGUCCCCCAUCAGGUCAGGCCUCAACAUCAGCGACAUCUCCAGCUGACUUAAAAACACCGAGCCAAUCAGAGGAGAAGAACAGGAUCGUACCUGCACCUCUGAAGGCUGGUGAUAUUGAGGCCCAUGAUGAACUGGCUCUGGCCUUAUCUAGAGGUCUGGAACUGGACACCCAAAGGUCUAGCAGAGACUCCAUCCAGUGCUCCAGUGGCUACAGCACACAGACCAACACACCCUGCUGCUCUGAAGACACUAUACCAUCACAAGUAUCAGACUUCGACUAUUUCUCUAUGGCUGGAGACCAAGAGCCUGAGCAGCAGCAACAGCAGCCUGACUUUGACAAGUCCUCCACCAUACCCAGAAACAGUGACAUAAGUCAGUCCUAUAGACGCAUGUUCCAAACCAAACGACCAGCGUCCACAGCAGGUCUGCCCAGCACACAGGCUCCUUAUCCAGGACAAGGGCCCUACCAUGGGGGGGCCUAUCCCUCCACACCAAUCCACACAGGAGCUUAUCAGUCAGCUCCCACUGGGCCAUAUCCUCCAACUCCAGGCCAUGGUCCAGUUAUCGUCACCCCUGGGGUUGCUACAAUCCGUCGUACCCCCUCUUCAAAACCUUCUGCCCGUCGAUGUGGCUCUGUGGGUUCGGGCCCCAUUCCUAUCCGCACUCCUGUUGUGCCUGUAAAAAUUCCCACAGUGCCUGAUGUGACAGGAGCAGUUAAUGGGAGCAAGAAUACAGAGGACAUGGGAGGAGAGGAAAACCCAGAUUCUCCAACGUCUGCAGGCCCUGAGGAUGCAGGAGUGCUGCCAGUGGUGUCCUGGAGCGGUCAGGCAUCCACCAACCCCCCCAAUGUACCCCUGCCCAACCAGCUGCUCCAGGGAGGAGGAGAGGAGGCCAGAGAACAAGAGGAUGGAAACAUGUUGGUGGCCAUCCGCAAAGGGGUCAAGCUCAAAAGAACCCUCACCAAUGAUCGUUCCGCACCACGCAUCGCUUGAUGACAUCAUCACAUAUGCAGGCGAGGUCAUAAGAAACAUAUGACCUUUGUGUUAUAGAGAUGGGGCUCCCCCCUGCUAAGUAUUUGUAAAUUAGGUCAAAAGCUUUAGACAAAGAUCUUGCUCAUCGCAGUGCAAUGUCCUAAAAGAAAAGGCUUAUUAUGCUGAUAGGAGAAAUCUGUUGUACCCUCUCUCUGUUUCUACAUUUUCACCUGUUAAUCUCUCACGAGAAAAAUCCAUUUGCAUUAACAGAAAAGAGAAGAGCUCAUGUCUUACACAGGGCCCCAAACUAAGGAUUAUGGUCAAAGCACCAGAAUGCAGAUCUUUGUGCAGAUUUGGGCCAAUAUUGACGUGGUGACAUAUCAAUGAUUAUUAUGUUAUUUUGUUAAUAACAAGGAAGCAUAACAGAGCAAAACUAUAAUACAAUUGUAUGUUCAUUUUUUAGGUGGACAGAAGAAAAAUAAUUCACAUGUACGUUCCAUAACCAGGUUGGACAGUGACGAUGUGAAUGCCUCCUCUCAGAGAUAAUUAACCACUGUGUCUCAGUGUUUCUGUGGUUUGUUCUACCGCCAUGGUAAAAAUAAGCAUUGUGACUGCCUGGUGACUGAGCAAAAACCACUCCAAGCACUACACAGCACCAAGAGAGCGAUGUGCUGCUGUUCCAGGAAGUAUUGAUCCCAGUGGCUGACUUUUGGUUGCAUGGCAACCUCUAAACUGUACAAACUUCUUAUUUAGAGGCCUCAGUACAGUAUGUGUCAGUUCACAGAGCCACAUGCCGAUGUGUGAUCAACACAGAGAGCUACUAUAAGGCAAAGGAGAUGAAUUUGUGUUGCAGCAUGAGUUUAACCCACAUCAGACUUGUUCAAAACUACAGUGUAAUGUGAUCAGAGGUGGACCUAAUAGAAAUUGUGAGUUGUGUCCUGAUUGCUUUACUUUAGUUUAGUAUUUAGACUAAAUGAAUAAUUGUAAAUAGUUUUGCACAUCUCAACUGAUAAGGAGCGUAUUGGUGCUUCCCUUUCUUUGCAACAUUACUCUCCAGACGGCCAAAUUCAUUCAGUUUUAUCUCUCUACAUGAGAUACAAUAAGCAACUUUCUACACUCUAUAUUAAUGUGAAUCAGUUUAAUUGUCUUUUUUUUUCCUGUACAACCCAUUUUUCUGCAGUCUACAUGUUGAGCUUUGCAGAACUUUUCAGUGGUUUCUGAUCAUAUAGCCCUUUUUUGUGUCAUUUGCUGGCUAUUUUUCAACUUGCUGAAUAUUGAUUGAUCAUAGCACCGCUAAUGUCAACGUGCUGAUGUCCAUACACAAUAAUAAUAUGUUAUUAAGCAUUUUAUAGAAGAUGAGGAAAACUAUUUUUGAUGUUGCGAAAGUUCUCAGUUAAAAGCUAUCUUUUGUGUUUUAAUUUUAUUUCUUAUAGCCAGUAUGCUUAUGAUCGCUUAGAUUUUUACAACUGUCACUUCCAUCUUGGUUUAAUCUUUUAUAAUACUGUCAAAGUUGACUAGUUUGUAGAGAUAGUUUUACUUUAAAAACUAAGUUACAUCAUAUUCCAUUGUAUCAAUUUAAAAAUAAGGCAGAAAUCUCUAUUUUUUUUUUUAAUCUGGGCAGUUGUAUUUUGGGAUCUGAGGCUCAUCCUCAGACAGCAGCAUGGAUAAUAAGCUAAAUAGGAUGAUGUGUGUCACUUAAUGAUUUUCUGCAUUUUGUUUGCAUUUUAGUUUAAGCACUGUGAGACUAUGGCUACUGCAAGAUGUAUGAAAGUGUAAAUAUUAAUAAGUGGUAUCAUUUAGUCCAGGAACUCACUAAUUUAUUUUUUUUUGUUAGUGUCUGUUCUCAGCCUCUCUAUUUUUUUACUUAUUAAAUAACGAGUAAUAAAGUGGUUAUGUAUCUGUGCCACUAUGAGCCUUUAAUUUCUCACAGCUGCUGAUAUGGUUAAUGUUAAUCUAUGUUUAGGAAGGUACAGAAGCAGGCCCUUUAAUUUGAGUUCGGUUGUCGACUUGUAUCAGUAUUACGAGUCCAGAUUCUGGGAUGUUGAGCUGAUCACACAUCAGUUUCAGUUCACUAACAGAAGUGUUUUUCCUCUGAGUGGCUAUGGAUUUUUUUUUUUUUUUUUAAGAUUAAUUUCUGCCUGUACACAUGUUUUAAGUGACUAAACUGAGACUGGGCUGACCAAAAACAAAACAAAAAAAAAAAAAAAAGAAAGAAAGAUGCAGCUGUCUUUGCUACAACUAAUGACAUCAUCCAAACUGUUCUCUGGAGCUUAAAUGUUUUCUCUUGAUUUUUUUUUUUUUUCCACAUGUCUAAAAACAUAUUCCUAUAUUUAAAAUGUUAGCUUAAAUAUAUAUUAUAUAUUGCCAAAUGUCAGUAUAUCCUAUGAAUAAGAAGUAUAUAAAGUUUGUGAAGUUUUUUUUAGUUUAGUUUUUAGCUUAUUUCUUCUAGAAGAGAGUUGAUCUCUCUAUCUGUCCAUGUAUAGUUUAGGCUAUGAUGCAGUUUGUUUCAGGAAAUAAAAGUUGUUAUUUUUGUGUCCUGAUAGCUUUAGCGGUAUAAUAAAAGAACAUAUUCAUUUUG